AUGGGUCGGCUCGACCGGAGUGAUACCACGACCUCACAGAAAACCGGCGUAUUCAUAGAAAAGCUGCUGUACAGUUGUCCCGAUAUCGAUAAGAUUUACAUGCUGAUCAGAGAGAAAAAGGGGCAAUCUAUCCGCGAAAGACUGACAAAAAUUGUCGACGAUCCGCUCUUCAAUAGACUAAAGGAGAAGAGACCAGGUGAUCUGGACAAAAUAGUAUUAAUACCUGGCGAUGUAACCGUUCCUGGAUUGGGAAUAUCAGAUGAAAACGAAGCUAUAUUAAUAGAUACGGUAUCGGUGGUCAUCCAUUCAGCAGCGACUGUAAAGUUCAACGAGCCCCUAGCGACAGCGUGGAAUGUCAAUGUCGAAGGCACUCGGAUGAUCAUGGCUUUGAGUCGCAGGAUGAAAAGGAUCGAGAUCUUCAUCCACAUAUCGACAGCAUACACCAAUACAAAUAGAGCAGUGGUCGAUGAAGUCCUAUACCCACCACCAGCAGACAUCAACAAAGUGCAUCAAUACGUCAAAAAUGGUAUCACUGAAGAGGAAACAGAGAAAAUACUGAAUGGACGUCCAAAUACUUACACAUUUACUAAAGCAUUAACGGAACACCUCGUAGCUGAGAACCAAGCCUACAUGCCUACUGUCAUUGUCAGACCUUCUAUAGUGGGUGCAAUCAAGGAUGAUCCUAUAAGGGGCUGGUUGGCGAACUGGUAUGGGGCCACUGGUCUCUCAGUUUUCACCGCCAAAGGCUUGAACCGUGUUAUUUAUGGACAAUCCUCACACGUUGUGGACCUCAUCCCUGUAGAUUAUGUUGCUAAUUUAGUUAUUGUUGCUGGGGCAAAGACUUAUCGUUCAAAUGAAGUUACAAUCUACAAUUCCUGCAGCAGUUCCUGCAAUCCCAUAACAAUGGAGAGACUCGUCGGUCUGUUUAUAGACGAUACAGUGAAACAUAAUUCUUAUGUAAUGCCAUUGCCCGGAUGGUAUGUGUACAGUAACUACAGAUGGCUGGUUUACCUGGUGACUAUCAUAUUCCAAAUGAUACCAGCGUAUUUAGCUGACAUCGGACGACGUCUGUUAGGAAAGAAUCCGAGGUACUACAAGCUGCAAAGUCUGGUAGCGCAGACUCAGGAGGCGGUUCACUUCUUCACAUCUCAUACAUGGGAAAUUAAAUCGAAGAAGACAAGUGAACUAUUUGCAUCUCUUUCUCACACAGAUCAACGCAUUUUUCCAUGUGACGCAAAAAAGAUAGACUGGACAGACUACAUUACUGAUUAUUGCUCAGGAGUCAGACAGUUUUUGGAAAAGAGAAAAUAA